CGACCUACUUGCUGACCGGCCCCGGGAUCGGGCCCGCGUCUGUCUGUCUGUCUGUCUGUCUGUCACCCCCCCGCGGCCGCCAUCUGGGCGGCUUCCCCCGAUGUGUGCAACGUGGGAGGGAGGUCAGCGGCGUGUUCCCGUAGGGGGUAACGGGCUACGAGCUCUCCCUGGGGAGGAUGGACCGCUCAGUGGAUGCAGCCGGGCUGCCGGAAGGCGCUGAUACUGGGUCGCAGAGAGACAGAGUGGUGACCGAGGAGGAAUGGCUGCAAAAAUGGGAAACGGGUAACAUCGGGUUUCACAAGGAACAAGGGCACCCGCUCCUACAGAAGCAUCUGGAUGUUCUUUUAAAUGGCAGGAGUGGACUGAGGAUAUUUUUCCCGCUUUGUGGUAAAGCAGUGGAGAUGAAAUGGCUGGCGGACAUGGGGCACAGUGUUGUCGGCGUGGAAGUCAGUGAGCAAGCGCUGAAGGACUUUUUUGCAGAACACAGUCUGCCUUACUGCGAGGAGCCAGUCCCAGAGAUUUCAGGAGCAAAAACGUUGCAGAGUACCUCUGGGAACAUUUCUCUCUACUGCUGCAGUAUUUAUGAUUUGUCCAGCUCAGUAGUUGGCAAGUUUGAUGCGGUUUGGGACAGAGGAGCUCUAGUAGCUGUGAAUCCAUGCGACAGACAACGCUAUGUCAGUUUGAUGAUCACCCUAAUGGAGAAAAAUUCUUCUUACCUCCUCGUUACGGUUUCAUAUGAUCCAAACAAACACAAAGGCCCACCCUUUUAUGUUCCUGAAUCUGAAAUUAAAAGCUUGUUUGGCAACCACUGUGAAAUUAAGUGUCUUGAACAAGUCGAUGACUUCUCAGACAAACACAGACGAUGGGGCCUAGAUUAUUUUCUGGAGGUGCUGUAUAUACUGAAGUUUGUGGCUUGAUUAAAAUGAAUUAAAAUAACUUA